UCUGACCAGAAUCUUUUUGGAUUCACUGUUGGAUUCCAAGAUCGAGCUGAGUUUUGACAUGAGAAGAUGUUCCAGUUCCUUCCAGCUACCUAAUAGGACACGCAAUGAAGACAAUCAAUGAAAACCAGAAGAUCUACUGUUAUAAUUAAGAACCUCAAGAAUAGGCAAGGGAAAAAGAAGGCCAGGCCGCACAUACAUGGACAAAGCCCAUUUCUCAGAAGAUACAACUUCUAAGAAACAGAAAGAUUUGCCUUAUGAUAGGGAUUUCUCCCAAAUUAAGAUAUACAAGGAUUACAAUUUUACCUCAAAAAAUGAUGUCCUUGAUGUUUCAAAUCAAAUUCUUCUAACAGUAGAUGACCUUCAAGAAAAGGCUACAUAUAAAGAGACUUGCAGUCAUGCAGACAUGGCCAUGACUCUGGGUAAAAUGACUAAAACUGUUAUCAACAAAAGCUAUGAUAAAAAGAAACAAUCCACCACAAAUCUUGAUAUUCGAGCUAAUGAAAGAGUCCCUUCAAAGUCAAACAUUUCUCAUAUUUUACUCCUUCAUCUUUCCAAUGAGGAAUUAUUAAAAGGUCAAGACAUUAAUUGUGAAACUCUCCCAGAGAUUUCUAAUGCCGACAGUUCUGAUGAAGUUCUUAUUAAAAAUAUUAUUUUGCACCAUGUUAAGAAUUCUUGGCCAAAAGAACAAACCCCAGAACUCACAGACCAACUGAGCCCCCAAAAGGGUGGUGAACACAGCAAAAUGCCUUGUUGUUCUCUAACUGUGAGAGAAGAAUAUGCCUCUGAUUUAGAGGCUGCUGGAGAGAGCAGCCAUCAAGAAACUUCACAUUUUCUAACUAAAAUCAAGAGUCCACAUGAUAAACCAAAAAGUUGCCAAGGGCAGCCACUCCAGAAACUGCAGACUGGCAAAGCAGUUUCAGGCAGUGGGUUCAAACAUGGCCCUGGUCUGGCUCAUUACCAGUUAUCUGAUUUCCCUAAGGUUGUUCCCAAAGGGAAAAUCCCUAAAAAUAAAACAAUUAAUAAACCACUUACAACAGAUAAACAAGCCAACUUUUCUCCUAAAUUGAGAGAUAAGUCAGCUAUUGUGCAAGAUAUUUUAGAAAGCAUGUCUAGGUCAAACUGUAUUGAAAGACAUGGGCAGAAAAGGAAAACUGCUGAACCUUCACAACAGAUAGAGAUGGAGCCCACAAUACAUAUUCACCAAGAACAUCUCACAGGAAUAGAAUCUGAGAUGAGUCUCUUUAAGGUGUCAUCAAUCACUCAGAAAGACCUUUCCCCAAGCUCUUCUUACAUAUUUCAGAAGAUAACCCAAGGGAAACAGAUGUGCCAGAAGUUAAAAGAACAGACUGAUCAACUGAAGACUAAAGUACAAGAGUUUUCCCAAAGCAUAGUGCAGGACUCUCCCUAUCUUUUGCAAGACAAGAGUCUGGUCCUGGAGAAACUGCAGGGACAUCUUGAACUGCUGGAGCAGGAGUUUCUGGACAACAAGGAGAAGCAUCUGACUUUGAAGCAAGUUCACAGGCAUGAAUCCCCAGCUGUCGGUGACUUUGAUCCAGAAAGAGAAGUGGAAGGUGAAAUCUUCAAGUUGGAGCUGCUACUUGAAGAUGUUAAAGAGAAAAUUAAUAAGGGCAAAUGUACUUCAGCCGUCUCUUUUCCCGUGAGCUCUCCAAUCAUCCCGGAUGACUUGGCAUCCACAUCCUCUCCACCCUCAAAUGAGCCCCAGGCCAUUACAGCACAGACCCCACCGAGGGAGAAAGGGGAGAAAUCGGAGAAAUCCAAGGGAAGGAGUCCCGAAGUGGAGAACCCCAACACCACCUCGGGAAACCAGGACCCAGACCACGCGCAGAUGACCAGUCCAAGCUGUGCCUUUUGCCACGGAGUUCUUGAAUGGAAGGAAAACGCGGAGAAAAAAGGGCACAGGAGCACCAACUGUGGAAGGUGUCCCCCCGCCAUUCAAGAAAAGUCCCUGCAUGCAAAUUCGAUUCACAGUUCUGAUGCAGGCUCCAGCUGCUCUUCUCUUUCUGGGACUGGACUGCAAAGUAAUCAGUGUGAGAUCUGUGGCACUAAGAGUCAUAAUUCCAGAAGAGUCUGUGGCAAAAAGCCACUUGAAGAAUUUCAUUACAAAUACAACAUGCCAGGACAGAAUUACUUAAAUCCUAAUGAAAGUAGUGCCUUUGUCAAGCUCUGCUUUUUAAACGAAAAUAAAAAUUCUUCACCUUCUCGUUCAAAGCCAGAAUGGAUCUGUUCCCAGACAUUGAAUCCAAAAUCCUCUCAUGAUGAACAUGAGCCCAUACCAGGAAAGAUUUUGGGAAGCAAGUCCUUAACCAACUUUGGCAGUAUUGAAGAAACAGAAUCUGAGGUGAGGAGCUUCAGGAAAAAAACCAUUCUAGAAUCCUUGCAGCUUUUAAGUAUGGUCUUGACCACAAAACUGAUGGCUUUUAAAUUAUUACAUUAUGGGGGGACCAGAAAACGCUCCACUAAAAUCAACUUGUGCUCAGCACUAACAUAAAGACACACAGCAUGAGCAGCUACAUGGUUGUAUUAUUCCUAAAUUGGUUCCAAGGGAAAUUUCCUGGAGAAAGUGUUUUGUGGGUGGUGCCUCAGCUGCAGGAUCCCUUGGGCCGGGAGUGCAGGCAGCAGCUUGUUUCCAGCCGCUCACAAGUCUGUUCCAGUGACAGUGGGGUUAGAGCUGCCUGCAGUUCCCUAUUUUCCAGUCAAAUCCCAGGCCAUUUCAAACGCUUUCAACACAAGCACUAGUCUCCGUGGGUGCCCUCUCAGGGGUUAUGACCCUUCCGUCUCCUUUGACGACCCCCAAG